AUGGGGGCACUCCACAGUACGAGCUGGGGCGCUGGCACACGGCAGGCCACGGCAGGCCACGACGUGUUUCCUAGCGCUCUGGCGGCCGGAACACGCCUUGAAGGCCGUCCACGGGUCUCGGGAGGCUGGGCCCUGGCCUUGCUCGCCCUCCAGGCUGCUUCCAUAGGUUGCCCUGGGCCACGUCCCCGUAUCUCGCGUCGCCCCGCACUGUCCAAGCACGGUGAACAGGUGGCUGCCAAGCCCCCAGAGUUGACUGCAGCUCCCGGAGCGGAGCUAAGGCAGGCGGUCCUGGCCUGGGGACUCCAGCCCAGGUUGACAGCUAUCGCCGGCACUCGUACAGUACGGUCCUACCGCGAUCCAUCUCAGCAGAGCACCAGCGACAUCCCGUAUAAUAUCGAGCGACUAUUCAUAUGGGCAAUCUCGACGCAUUCCUGA